AUGCGAUGUUUCUUCAUUGCUUUAGAAAUAGAAAUAGAAAUAGAAAUAGAAAUACAAAAAGCUGCUGCCCUCGAGAUCAUCCAGUCAAACUACGAAGAUUAUUAUAAGAUCUACACUGAUGGAUCAUUAGACCCUGCAGAAUCCAAAUCUGGAGCCGGUUACUUUGCGGAACGUUCCAACGAGUCCUUCUUUGUUCCGGCGAAUUCAUGUUCCAGCACUGACACAGAGCUCCUUGCCAUCAACGCAGCGGUUGCCCACUGCAUGGUUAUUGAAAGCCAAAAGAUUUGCAUACUCAGCGACUCUAAAAGUGCAUUGCAACUACUCAAGCAAUAUAAACCCUCAAGCUACUACCACAGAAUUCAAGAAAUCUUUCAUCUCCUGAAUUUGUCCACAGACAAGGAGAUUUGUUUCCAAUGGAUACCAGGUCAUUGCGGACUGCAAGGAAAUGAGAAAGCUGAUAGGAUUGCGAAGGCAGCCACCAACAUGCACCCUAUACCAUCUAAGGAACUAACACUUACCAGCUGCAUAGCCGCAUCUCAAAGACUCUUAACGCAAAAAUGGGUAGAGAAGUGGAAAGAUGAACCAACUGGUCGCCAUCUGUAUGACCUGCUCAAGGAACCCAACAAUACAGACAUUUACAAAAACUUGCCAAGAUCUGUGUCAACAUUUGCCUCAAGAGCUAGAACAGGGCAUAUUGUAACCCAAUCAUAUCUCUUUCGCUUCCAACUCGCUGAGUCACCCCUGUGUCUGGUAUGUCAAACGGAAGAAGAAACGUUGCAACACAUCCUCCUUCAUUGCACUCGCAAGUUGGAUAUCAGAGAUGAGCUGAGGAAGAGACUCCAACCUGACUGUACUCUUGGACGAAUCCUAACUGAUCCCACCUACUGGAGACUGGCCAACCUUGUAUAUGAGAGACACCGUGCGGUCGGCAUUACCUGA